CACACACUCACAUUAUAUUCCUCUCAACUGUCAAAGCGUCUGCACACUGUUGCUCCAGCUAGCAAUAUCCUCUUUUUUAUUUAGGAUAUCAGACAGGGCUUAAUCUGAGAUGGAGGGCCAGCGCUGGUUACCACUUGAAGCCAACCCAGAGGUUAUGAACCAAUUCUUACGGCAGCUUGGCUUGGUACCCACCUGGCAGUUUGGGGAUGUGUACGGUUUGGAAGCUGAAGUUCUCAGUUUGGUGCCGAGGCCUGUGUGUGCUGUACUUUUGCUCUUUCCUAUAACAGAGAAGUAUGAAACAUUUAGACAGGAGGAGGAGGCAAGAAUUAAGUCGCAAGGACAAGAGAUUUCCUCGGAUGUUUACUUCAUGAAACAAACCAUCGGCAAUGCUUGUGGUACAAUAGGGCUGAUUCAUGCUGUGGCAAACAAUCAAAGGUGUCUGGAGUUUGAGCCUAAUUCACCGCUUAAGGCAUUUUUACUGCAGUCUGCAAAGAUGAGCCCAGAAGAAAAGGCAGCUUUCCUUGAAAAAGAUGAGAGUAUCCGAGUAACACAUGAGUCAAGCGCCCAGGAAGGACAAACAGAGGCCCCAAGUUUAGACGAAAAAGUGGAUUUGCAUUUUAUCGCCUUUGUAAAUGUUGAGGGACAUUUAUAUGAAUUGGAUGGACGCAAACCUUUUCCUAUUGUUCAUGGUAAAACAACAGAGGACACAUUUCUUGAGGAUUCUGCAGAGGUCUGCAAGAAGUUCAUGGCACGUGAUCCCCAGGAGCUCCGUUUCACUGUGGUGGCUCUUUCUAAAGUAUAAAUAUUCUUGUAAUUUAACCUAAGAGGAAAAACUGCCAAUCAUUCAGAAGUGCCGAAUACUUUAAACCUUUAUAAGUACAAUUUUGACUUUGAAUAAAAAAAAAACUUUGUUAAAGGUUUUGACCAUAAGGAAUGAAGCAAAUGAGAAGCAAAUUAGCUAAUAUUAAAAAGUGUACAUGCACGUCGAAAAUGUUGUGUCUGAAUGUUAACAACUAUCUGAUUGAAUUAAUGUUUGUGUUAAUUUCUCCAGAAUUAUAUAUAUAAAAAAAAAAAGUUUUCUUGAUGACAUUAAUUCACCUAAUGGUGGGGUUCUUAUUUUCUGCCGGAAAAGAGGAUCCAUUUAAAAUAAAAGAAUAAAAACCAUAAAGAACAAAUUUCCAAUG